ACCAAUCUAGUUCCAGGAGGACAAAAAAGACCAAGAAAGAAAGAAAACCCAUUCUAAGCUACUAUCUCGUCACCCAUUGAUAUCUCGCUGGUGUAUCGGAAAACACCAGGGAAUUGGUGCUCUUAAAGUUGUCAUCUACUGUGAUUGAAGCUUUUUGGUGUUGAAAGAAAAAAAGAUGUGGGGGAUUAUGAAACACAAAUUGGGUGCCAGAGGUUUAUCAACUCCGGUAUUUGGGGAUUACAUGCAGAGGUUAAGGCCUAUAGCAUCCGCCAUCAGAUUCAGACCUUAUUCAUCUGCAACUAAACAGAUGACAGUAAGAGAUGCUCUGAACUCUGCUCUUGAUGAGGAAAUGGCUGCUGAUUCUGAUGUCUUUAUCAUGGGCGAAGAGGUUGGAGAAUACCAGGGUGCAUACAAGAUUUCCAAAGGAUUGUUAGACAAGUAUGGACCUGAUAGAGUCGUUGACACCCCUAUCACGGAGGCUGGCUUUACGGGCAUUGGUGUUGGUGCUGCAUAUCAUGGUCUGAAGCCUGUCAUCGAGUUCAUGACCUUCAACUUCGCUAUGCAGGCGAUCGAUCAUAUUAUCAAUUCUGCAGCAAAGACAAACUACAUGUCUGCUGGCAAGAUUAAUGUGCCCAUUGUUUUUAGGGGUCCAAAUGGUCCUGCUGCUGGUGUUGGUGCCCAGCAUUCCCAAUGUUAUGGUGCAUGGUAUGGUUCUGUUCCUGGUUUGAAAGUGCUCGUACCUUACUCCUCUGAAGAUGCUCGUGGACUUUUAAAAGCUGCAAUUCGAGACCCCGAUCCUGUAGUUUUCCUUGAGAACGAGUUGUUGUAUGGUGAGUCCUUCCCGGUUUCUGCUGAAGCCCUAGAUUCGAGCUUCUCCCUUCCAAUAGGAAAAGCUAAGAUUGAAAGAGAAGGGAAAGAUGUUACAAUCACGGCUUUCUCUAAGAUGGUGGGCUACGCUCUAAAGGCUGCCGAAAUACUUGAAAAGGACGGAAUAAAUGCCGAGGUAAUAAACCUGCGAUCCAUUCGGCCACUUGAUCGAGCCACAAUCAAUGCUUCAGUCAGGAAAACCAAUAGGCUGGUUACUGUUGAGGAAGGGUUUUCUCAACAUGGUGUUGGUGCUGAAGUCUGUGCAACGGUUGUUGAGGAUAGCUUCGGUUAUCUUGAUGCCCCGGUGGAGAGGAUUGCCGGGGCUGAUGUUCCAACGCCAUACGCCGCUAAUCUCGAAAGAUUGGCUUUUCCGCAGAUUGAGGAUGUUGUUCGUGCAGCCAAGAGAGCCUGUUUCAGAUCCGUACCCAUGGCUGCAAAUGCUUAAUUGAGGGUUUACAACUUUUCGGAUGCACAUAUAUAUAUAUAUAUAU